AUGAUACGUGAAGCUUUCAACGAUGAAGCAAUGUCGAGGUCAGGUAUUUUUCACUGGCAUAAAGCUUUUAAGGAAGACAGGCAAAAUGUGGAAGCUAUUGAACAUGAGGGACCAUCUUCCACGUCCAUCACAGAGACAAUGAUUAACAUAGCUGCUGCUAUCAUCGAGGAGGACAGCAGAGUGACAGUACGUCAGUUGCAUGCUCUCCUGAAUAUUUCUGUAGGAAGUGUUCACUCAAUCAUGGCAGAGCAUUUGCAACUGAAACGUGUUUGCACGCGAUGGAUUCCGAAAUUGUUGACACCUGUGCAAAUGCAACAUCGAGUGGAUGUGUGCACAGAAUGGAAAGAAAGAAGGCGACAAUUUCUUAUUACGCAUCAUCACAGCAGACAAGGCUUGGUUGUGCCACUAUGA